GCCGGCCGAAUUAGUCUGAUAUAUAAGCUGGCGCAUGGCCGCCGCGGCGAGUACUGUCCGUUUAUUGUGUCGAGGUGGAGUACCGUCGUCGCCAUGAGCCGAGUCGCCGUGUUGGUAGCCCUGUCCGCGCUGGUGGCCGUGGCGCUGGCCGCGCCCCAGCAGCCCAACACCACGCCCAUCCCCAUCAUCAGGCUGGAGAACGACGCCACCCCUGACGGCACCUACCGGUUCAGCUACGAGACGGGCAACGGCAUCCAGGCGCAGGAGCAGGGCCGCCUCAACAACGUGGGCACCCCCGACGAGGGCAACUCGGUGCAGGGCUCCUUCUCGUACACGGGCCCCGACGCCGUGCAGUACGCCGUCCAGUACACGGCCGACAACGAGGGCUUCGUGGCGCAGGGCGCGCACCUGCCCACGCCGCCACCCAUCCCCGCCGAGCUCGCCAGGGCGCUGGAGGAGGCGGCCCGCCAGCCCGACCCCAACGACGGCGGCCAGUACCAGCCCAACCUGUACGGCAACCAGGGCCGCUAGUGCUAGCCAGCUAGCGCGCUAGCGCCAGCCCCGGACCGCACCACCACAGCGAUGCAGCCACCGCAGCAUCGCAGCCACCAGACGGCGCCACCGUGUCAACUGCCUUAGGUUCAGCAAACAGCCCUCAGUCUUUAUUUAACUAUCGAUAUCAUCUCAAAAAUUUGUUCCUCCUGCUGCAGUUGUUUUACUUUCUCCUGAAAUAUGUCUGCCCUGUAGUGGUGGUGCGGUCACCGGCUACCCCGGGGCCGCUGGGUGGGGAGGGGACGCAGCCUCGCAGCCUUCCGGCGUGUCCGCCCCCGCGCCGCGGACCCGGAACCCGCCUUCCGCCCCUCUGUAAAUACAACCAUCUCACCAACAAAAGACCAAA